AUGAUAGCCUCAGGUAUCUGUGCUAAUAACUACACGUUAUCACCUUGGAGUGAGUGGACAGUUUGUAAUGUAUCGUGUGGAGGUUAUGGUACACAACGCAGGUACAGGGUCUUUAGAGAUUGUUGUAGUAAUCAGGUGUUACAGGAGCCUAGAGACUGUGGAUCAGACGCUUGUCCAGGUUUUAAACUACAGCAAAGUGAUGAAGCAUACUCGGUUUCUGUUUCUGAACCAAAGUUCAGUUUGCUGUCAACAGAUCAUGGGACAUCACAUCUAGUAAAGCUUGUGUCCUUUGUAAUGGACAAUGAAACCCAGGGACCUAUAACUGUCGUCAGCAGCGAUAGUGCAGUCCUCUGUGGUGUAUUCUGUGCUGUUUACAAUGUAAUACAGCAGUUAUCUGUAGAUGAUGAGGUGGACAUAUUCUCUGCUGUACGACAGCUACAGAUCAGACGUCCAGAGUUAUGUUCCAUUCUGGAGGAAUACAUAAUGAUCCAUACAGCCGUGUUGGAGUACAUCCGGUUACAACAGGACCAAACAGAAGAGAUUAUCUAAUCUAAUGAAUGAAAAUGACCUUAAAUAGACAUUGAAUAACAUAAUGUCGAUUAAUAAAAACAAACUGUACCCUUUUGUGUGCUUGUAAAAUACUGGAUACUUUUCUUUUUUUAUUUAUAUAGCUUUAUUAUAUUAAUCAAGAUAAGGAGGUUGUAUAGGAAAU